UUUUUUUCCCAUUCUUCAUUGGCCACUUGUCACCUUUAAUUCUCGUCAAUGUCAUAAGCAUACUGUGUUUGGUCACUCAACACGCGUACGAGGACAUAAACAGGGAAUUGGAGGAACUGUGCCACGUUCAAUCAAAAUCCGAACGAGUAUUGCGACUAUCAGCGUUAAUGAAUGAUCAUUGGUUUUUAGGAGAUUAUGUAGAAAAUUUGUCAAAUACAUUCGGACCCGAUUUAAUGUUUGUUAUGAUGCAUACUUACGUACAAAUGCUACUGUUUUUAUAUCUCAUUAUUUGGGAGAUUAUGAUUCGUGAAGCACACAUAGUAAAAGGACACAGUACCGGGCAGAUAUUAUUUAACAUAACCAAAUUGUUGUACCUGUGCUAUAGAUGUGGUUCGCCAAUUAAAGCGAGCGAACGAACAAUUUUUCACUUGCAACACUUGAGUUUCUCUCUUAAUAACGAGUCUGCUAGUCAAUCGAUCCUCAAGAUUUUUACAAUUCGCGUUAACGGACGACAGGAGAGGGUGACUGCUUCAGGGUUCUUCGACAUAAAUAUGGCACUUGUAUGUAAAACAGGAGGAGUUGUGCUGACGUACUUUUUGGUGCUUAUACAAAUUCAAUCAGAAAACUACAAAUAUUCGAUCAUAAGUAACAUUAAUACUUCAUCAGCACCGUGCGAAAUAUGGCCUUGCCUUAUAAAAAAUAUUUGA